GGUGCUCCCCAAGGAAAGGUAGAUGAGGUAACCCAAAGGCUUCUUCAAUAUGGUAUUGCUAAUGAUCAUCUCUAUGUUAGAGAGUUUAUAGCAGAUAGAGAGCGAAUAAAAGACAUACUGUGUGAAGCUGAUCUUGCCAUCAUGCCAUCGAAAUCAGAGGGAUUUGGUUUGGUUGGCCUGGAAGCGCUGUCUGCUGGUUUACCCAUCCUAGUGGGUAGUAGGUCAGGAUUUGCUAAAGCACUUGAGAAAGUACCUUCUGGAAAAUCGUUUAUCGUAUACUCUGAUGACCCUACAAUGUGGGCAGAUGCAAUUGUAUCUGUUCGUGACAAACACAAAUCGAGGCUUGAUGAGAUCAAAGCAUUGAGAGAAUCUUAUGGACAAAUUUACAGCUGGAGGAGUCAGUGUAAAGAUCUUGCCAAAGUAAUGCAGAAAAUGAUUCAAGGUAUGAUGAUAUUUUUCCUCCUUGAAUUUGCCAAGAGCUGUUAUGACCCCUUCCCUACAAAACCAACAACAAAAACGUCAAACAAACAAACGGUAUCAAACACUCUAGUUAUCGCCACGUCUCAGUUAAAAUGUUCACUGAUGGGUGUGUGCAAUCUAUCUUUUUGCAUUCUUCAGGUUAUUCUCAUACCGAUGUUGAUAUGACGGAAAAAGACAAACACAACUCUGAUACCGAAAGAAGAAUGUACCAGGACCGCCUAUACGAGCCAUGCGAAAGGCCGAUGAAACUAAGAAGUCAUCAGAAAAGCGAAAGUGAUGAUGGCGUGACUACCAGGUUAAGUGACCCAGAUCAAAGAAGUGGAAAAACUUCUGGGCGUAUUCCAAUGCUUACGUCUCGCAAAGGUAAAGCACUUCAUUAUUCUUGAAAAAGAGGUUAAUAAAAAAAUAACACAAAACUAAACAAUGUUCAAUUAAGGCGUUCGCUUCUGACAGCUCUGCUUUGAACAAGCAUGCAAUUAAGGCUUUUUCUUUGGGUGCCCUAAUAUAUAUCUCUCUCAAGGAUGGCGCCACGGCAGUGGGAACAUACGCAAGCACCUUAUGCCUGUCCUCACAAAAGUCCUGCAUUGCGGGCUAGUCUUAAAUUAAUAAUACAUUUUCUUCUUAAGAUGAGUCUUUUUGCAAAUGUUCAUUUUACUUUAUCAAAUAAUUAAAUAAAUUUCUAACAACACGAAAUAACUGGAAAUAUGUAAUGACGUUGAUUUGUUCAGGGACGUCAAAUGUAGAUGUUGAGAAAACAGAUCCAGACUCCAUUUCUGAAAAACAACUUGUUGGAUUCACGCGGCGAGGGGGACCCUCAAGCCUUCCUUCAAGAAAAAGAACGAGUUCUGCAUCCUCGAGUGAAGAACCUUCCCAAAGAUUUUCGCACUCAUCUCCCGUAUCACGUAAAUACCUUUGGGUUACUUUUCUCAUGAUAAUUUGCGUUUGAAGAAUAGUUGUAAAUAUGCGUUGAUUGUGUUACCGGCUACAUUUUACAAGCAUAUCUAAGGGAUUUUGUUAAAGACAGUUAUUAAUAAGUCCCUGUCCUGUCGUUUUUUGUUUGUCUGUUUGUCUGUUUGUUUGUUUGCUUUUUUGUGUGUUUUGCUCAAUAUACGCGCCAUGGAACUUACCGCCGGUAACGGUUUUGCUAUAGAUUGAAUAAAAAAGUCACAAAUACAAGACGAAAAGUUAUACAACCUUCCUUGAUGAAAGGACAGGAUCAAUAGUUUUCCUGGUACAUUUUGUCCAUCUGUUCAUUCUUUAGCGUUUACUAAUUUGUUUUCGAGAAACAUUUAACCUGAUUUUCUUUUAUCCGGGUGAUUCCCCUUGAUAUGAUUACCAGUUAAAUUCCCUGGUAACUCUUAGUUCCAUCUUUGGACUCUGGGCCAGCCAAAAAACCAUGUUUGGCACAGUUCACAUCAGAGUUGCCACAAUUGUUCGUGUAAAGUUCACCGAAGCAAGGAUAUUUCCUUCGAAGCUUACCAGUUUAGGUCCGUUAGCCUUUCCCAGUAAACUCUUGUCAAAAUAAUGUUACAAUCCAAAUAAUGGCUCUUUGAGACACGUCUACCUGCCGCCGUAGUUUAAUUAUCUUCUUGAACUUAUAUGUAAUCUGUUACUUUAUGUUUGCAAUUCUGUGAUCUCAUUAUUCCGUUAUCUCUUACUACGUUAAUUCUAGUUUCUAACUUUAGGUACCCCGGCCACCACGAUACUUCUUAGAAUCUCUGCUCAAGAUUUGGAUUUUCAACAGCAGGAAAUAUUUUACGAUUCGAUGCGGCACAUGCUUUUACUCACAGACUGCUUAAUGUCUGAUGAGCUGGGUCUUUUCACUGGCUAUUUCACAGAAUAUUACAAGGCACGUGUUUUCCUACAAGAGGUCACAGAUAGAGGUGUAGAAAUAAAAAUUGAGUGCCCAAACAUGGAAAGUCUUGCCAGUAUACUGAAUCACCACCAAUGUCGUCAUCUGGACAAACUAGUUGAAAGGUGCUUCGUAACUGAUGCCAUCAAAUCAGUACUAAACCUAGAGACAGUAACACUGAAAACAGUCUUAGAAGAUGAGUCGCGCUACACGGAAAUGCUAGGUAAGUUAAAUUUCUUUCUUAAUGAUAGUAUGAACAUUUGUAAUGUACAGGAAUCGUUGGACAAAAAAUGGCAUAGCAAGCAUCAAGUCUUAAACUCGGCUGAUCAUGCAACAUUCAGGUGGUCGUCCGUAUUUUUGUUUUUGUUUGUGUUUGCUUUUUUGUUUGUUUUGUUUUGUUAUUUUUGUUUUCAUUAAGGCAAUCGAAGCAUACAAACUUCAUAAGCUUAGGGAAUGGACAAAAAGUAUAGGGGGUAGGGGGGAGAUUAUUUGGACUGGAAUGAAAAUAAAACUUUUUUUUGGAGAAACAGCAUAACACAAAACUACAAAACUGGCUGCGUGAAAUAAAUAACGAAAUUAGAAGAGGUGCUGAAUAAAAUCGCAAAAUGAAAGACAAAACAAAACACAAUUACAGAUAUGAGGAUUUCACCAGUAUCCGGCGUCACCGUCAACCAUGAUUUUGCUACUCAAAAAGCAGCAGACUGUUUUGCUUAUUCAGAAGCAAUUAUUUUACUAAAGGAAGAAUUACAGUCGAACCAAUGGCCAAUGGCUGUCUCUUUACAACGGGCUCUUUUUUUGUCCCCGCGAACAAAUAACCCGUACAUUAACUAUCUCGUCGACAACGGCCACUCUCUUCUAUCCUCAAGAUGGCCAUUGUGGAGAGGUUCAACGGUACAUACGUGUAACAUCGCUUAUCAUCAAAAGCCAAAGAUUUACAUUAUGCCAGUUUAACGAAAUGUAGUCUAGCGAUGCCUCUAGAACAAUCUUGACUCAUCCAUUAUAAUUUUCAUAAAUAAUGUAACUUCAGCUCAAACAAUUACCCUUGUUAAACCAUGUUAAACAUAGACUAUUAUCGAGCAAUAUUGCAUUCCAGGGUUAAUUAACUCCAUGUUGCUGUCUAUACUAACUGUGGCCAACUAUGCCAUUAGUAUAGUAUAAUAAAAGAUACGUGUGUAUUUCUGUCGUAAAACAGGAUGUCCAACCCCCAAGGGUAGCUGAAAAUUUGACGACCCAUCCCAAACACAGGGCGCAAAAACUGAUGUGCCAGCCGCUCACUGCUCCGACCCUUUCUCCCCAAUGCUUUUUGACCAAUCCUUAAUAAAACGAACCAAAAAAAACACUUAUAAACAGACACGGUAAGGUACCAAUCUGUCAAACAAACAAUACCAGUGAAAUACUUCCCGACCGAGAAUCUGAACUGUCUUUAGUGCAAAUUCUUUCAAAGGCCAGGAAACUAGACAUUGUAGACACUGAUAUAAAGACGAGUUAACAAGUUGUUAUUUGAAAACUCUGCUCUUCGACUGUGGGGGUGAUUUUUCAUCCUUUCUAUCGCAAAACAGGAAGGCAAUAAUAGUCAUCUUGUUUUUCUUUUUAUUAUUAUAUUUUUUUAUCAUGUUUUUAACAAAGUGUUACCUGAAAAUGCUUGAAAGGUAGCUAGUAUAAAAACUAAGAGUGCAACCAUUGCUUUUUUCUCUUCUCUUCUCCUUUCCUCUCCUCACUCUUUCUUUUCCUCCUUUCCUUUUCCUUCGUUACUGUGAUUUUGGAGCCUUUCGCGCUUAAGUAACCUGCCUUUUGAAGCCUUUUCACCCAAAUGAUUGCAAAUUUCGUUGGGCUGGUUUUCAAGAAAUCGGUUAGAUAUACAUCUAUGUAAAUUAUGCUAAUUUUUUGAAAUGUUAUGUUAAACCAGGGAAAGCAGACAUUGUUCAGAUUCCAUCUAAGGAAAACCAAGAAGAUGACGCAUCCAAUAGCACAAAAUGUAUCGAUAUCAACCCAAAAAUGACGAAGGUAAGAUCUCGUUUUUCUUUUGCUACCGUUUUAUUUUGCACUUUCAACUCUCGGAGACCUCUCUAACUGACACGAUAUCCCAAUAAUAUGAGCAGUGGCUUAAGUUCGAGGAAAAUUAAAGGAACUUUUGGUCACACGGCGCUUUAGUUUGUAAAUUUACAAGCAUUUUACACAAAUUUCCGAGGAACCCUUACUAGCAUCCAUGAUCAUUACGAACUCUACGAUAUACACGUAGCUGAUUUUAUCGCUCAUCAGUUACGAGAUUCCUCAGGAGAAUUAAUUUUACUGUGAAGAAUUAGGCAUGUUGUCACCUGAGGUGCAUUUUCUUGCAGAUUUUUUGGUUAUUUCUGACGAAAGCCAACAUCAAAUGAAAAAAAAAAAGGCCAAGAGUCCUUGACAGUAGAUCAGAUUCCCAAAGUGAUUCUUAGGACUGAAAAAUGAACGUUUGAUUUCUGCCUUUUUUUCCUUCUUUUAGUGGAGAGGAGGGGGGUAUGUACGUGUGCGCGAGGUUGUUUGUGGUGUGUCCAUUGUUUUGCAUGGUUGAUUGUUGUUGUCAUUGUUGUUCUUUUCCAGACUACAAGAGGUCUCUUACACAAAGCUUCCAUCACUGGAGAUUGCAAUACUGCAAGGGCACUACUUGAAAUUGGUGUGGAUGUUGACCAAAGAGAUCAGGUUGUUAUAUAUUUUUAGUUCAUAUAUUUAUUUGCUUAACGUGUAUUCUAUUCAUUAGUCAACCUUGCCUGUAAUGUAUUUCCUUUCUUCUUUUUCCUUUUUUGAGAGUUGGAGCCGGGGAUGGUAAAAAAUUCCUCUUAUGGCCAUUUCUUUAUAUUUAACUUUGUUGAUUUCGCAAGAAAAGUCAUUUUAUUUACAAUCGCGGUCUUGAUACCUAUCCUUUAAAUGAAUGUUAUGCUGAGGUUAUUUGAACACCUUGUUUUUGUUUUCUUACGGAAUUUUUCUUUGAAAAAUGCUAUUCGCUGUAACAUUAGAACAACGUGACUUACAUAAGAAAACAGAAAGGGCUGUAUCAAAAUACGCCCAACCCUAGUCCCGUUUCCAUCUACUGUUAAUGGGCUGUUGUCGUAGGUGAAAAUAAGUAUACUUUGAGAAUGAACUCGUUUUAUAUUGUCAUCAUAAAAAUUUUGUCCAGCGGUAUAUCGUUGCUUUUCCUGUAAUUGUUUUUAUAGUUUGCUUUGACUCCUCUUCAUCUUGCUUCCUGGUACGGACAUAAAUCAGUAGUGAAACUAGUACUUAAUCACGGUGCAGACGUUAACGCUUUGGACAAGGUAAGCUAAAUACACGUAUUUACUUACACAUACCAUACCUGUUCCCAGGUUCCAAUCUUUACUCGUUUUAGUUACUGAGUGUUUUCGUUUCUUCUAUUAAUGAUCAGUUCUCCCAAUAAUCCAAAACUAGUUUCCGGCACGAAAAUGAACGCAAAUCAGUAACAAACUAAGAUUUAUGUAAAGAAGACGAAAAAGAUCGAGGGUUGGAGGAAAACAGAUAAAGAUAUUUUGCAUGACGCUUUUCUUCAAUAUGAUAACGAUGAUGAUAUUGAUGAUGAUGUUAAUUACGAUGAUGAUGACGAUGACGAUGACGAUGAUGAUAAUGAUGAUGAUGAUGAUGAUGAUGACGAUGAUGAUGAUGAUGAUAUGAAAUAUAAACAUAUAAUUCCGUUAUUUACCCUCGGCAGUACAGUCAACUCCCUUUAUUGCGGACACUGUGGGGACCUCGAGUUAGUGUCCUCAUUAGUGAGAGUCCGUAAUAGCGGGAGUUUAUUUCAGUCAAACGUCUGUAAUUUAUUUUUGCCGGGGAUUUAGCUGCUGUCCGUUUUAUCGGGGUGUCCGUUAUAGCGGGGUGUCCGUAAGGCGAGAGUUGACUGUAUUUGUAGCACAAAUGCCAAAAGGUCCGAGCAAAGCCGGAGGCAAUCCAGCCAGCUAUUUACAAGUAUGGCCGAGGCUUUGAAAUCGGUCAGAUCGGGACUUGGUCUCGAUGAUGAUGAUGAUGAUGAUGAUGACCAAGAUAAAAUUCAUUAGUUUGCAUGAAACUACACAGGAAUUCAAAUGUUUUUUACUUGCAUGAGGCUAUUAAUUCGUUGUUUACACUGAUUCGAUUUCAAACAGAUUUCAUACGGCAUAAUCGCUGUACAUUCACUGACGAAGAACACUUCAGUAAUCAUCCAUUUACCACUAAUGGUAGGAAAAGGAGAGAAUAUCGUACCCAUACUCAUCCCUCCUUGUAUUCCUGAGUUUGAGAGCAGAGAAAACCCCUUUCUUAUUAUUUGAUAUUAACCAAAGCAGUAAGAGUGUACAAUGAACUGUCUUUUACUAUCUGCAGUUUUGUCGUACACCACUACAGAAAGCUGAACGCCACAAGUACCACUCCAUAGUGACGCUGCUUCUGGAGAGUAACGCAAGACAAAGCUACCAACAACCGGUAUUGAUAUUACCUCCCUUUUUUGUCUUUGACACUUUACAACGGCAAUAAAUGUUUUCUGUACUUUUACGGUUCUUUGGCCUUUUUUAGUUUGCUUCAGGGUUGUUGUGAGCAAGCAAAAUGGAAUCGCGUUUUUUAAAGUUUAUCCCAUCUUCAAAGUGUGAUUCCAGACAUGAGUAAUGCAAUUAAUUUGUAAUUUUAAUACACUUGAUUUCAGGUUAGUCUACAAUUUCUUGCACAGAACGCUUUUUUGACUUUGGAUAAACGAUCUGGUUUAAACAUGCUACAGGCGGCUGUCUUUCAAGGGGACCAUGCUACAGUUUUUAAAGCGAAGGCCUUACUCGGUUGUAGCCGUUUUGUGACUGAGAUGAAUUUGAAAACAAGAGGAGACGGUGAUACAGUUUUCCACGGAAAAAGUGCGAUUGAUUUUCUUUCAAGUCUGGACGAGAAAGGGAAAGAUCUUGCCAAAAUAGAGAAGGAGUACCUCGCAGAUGUUGAAAAAGACCUCACACUGAUAGAGCUACACCGUAUAAAUGAUGGAGAACAAGCGGUAGAACUUGUAUUAAACAAUUGUAUUGACAUUGACACCCCUGGAUUGUGCAAUCGCACUCCUUUAAUGAUAGCAAGUUUAUCAUCCUCUAGUGCGUUUAUUGAGACUCUCAUUGAUCUUGGCGCUGAUGUCAAUGCUCAAAGAACCGAUGACAAAGUGACGCCCCUUCAUUUGGCGUGUAGUUGGAAUCACUACAUGGCUGUUCGCUUACUAAUGGAGAAUGGAGCUGAUGCUAAUAUAGCGUGUGAUGGUGGCUGGUCACCACUGCACAUAGCUACGAGUAAGGGAAAUUUCAAUGUGGUAAGGCUUCUGAUUGAUGGCGGGAGUAGCAUUGACCUUUUAACCGAGACAGGAAGAACACCUUUGAGAAUGGCGGUCGAAAGCAAGCAUUACAUGAUCGCGCGCUUGCUUUUAGAUCAUGGCGCUGAUGUGAAUAUCCCAGAUAUUGAUGGGUACACACCAUUUCACUGCGCAGCGAGUCAGGGUUGUAGUUUGACUGCAGAGCUUUUAAUUGAGAAAGUCAGUAACGUUAAUCUGAGAACUAAGAGAGGAAGAACUCCUCUUUACAUUGCAGUGAAAAACCAACAUGAACAGCUAAUCAAAAUGUUACUUGAACACAAAGCUGAUGUGAGUAUGGGAUACAGCGAAGACACGGAAGAAAGGAUUUACCUUGUUCGCGGAACCGACAGAGGUAAACCAGCUUGGCACUAUGUUCUGGUAGACAAACAUUUACUAGGCUUGUUUCUGAAGAAAACAAAAGGAGGUCGUGUUGACGUGGUAGAUUUUGGAACUGUUCUUGGCGGUGGGUGGGGUAAGGAUCCUUCAGCCGGUACCAUUGACCAGAUACUAAAAGAGAAGAGUGCCAUGUUCGAAGAAAUACCUGGUGAGAGUCUUCUUCAUGUGGCAUCUAGAAAUGACGAUACCGUAGCAAUCGACUUGCUGGUAAAGCACGGAGUUUGGAAUCUUAACCCCCGCGAUGCAGAAGGUUUCACUCCACUGCACAUUGCAGCGAUUCACGGUAACAUGCAAGCUGUAGAAAAGCUU